CUCAGAGUGGAUCCAGUUUUUUAAGGACGCUGGGAUCCCAGCCGGCCUCGCUGUCACUUAUGCAGUCUCCUUUGUGGACAACAGAAUUCAGAAGAACAUGCUGAUGGACCUGAGUAAAGACAUCAUGAUGGACCUCGGCAUCACUGUCGUUGGUGACAUUAUUGCCAUUCUUAAACACGCCAAGCAGGUCUACAGGCAGGACAUGUGCAAAAUGGCCACAGAAGCCAUCUCCUCAGGACAGACCAGUGUUCAAGCCGAGCUCAGAAGAACUGCCAACACUCCUGCCACUCGUAUGAUUGCCAACGCCUUGAGCCACGACUCCCCGCCAGCCACUCCAGCCCGUCGACCUGACAACCGCCUCUCUGUCACCGUGUCCAACAUGCAAGCAAACAAGAGUAAUAAAGCAGUUGUCAGUCAGCCAGCAGACGAGGGGAACGGGUUGCCAGGAGUGAAGCGUCGGCGUGUGACAGCCGAGAUGGAAGGCAAGUACAUCAUCAACAUGCCCAAAGGCACCACGGCACGCACACGCCGCAUCCUGUCCCAGCAGGCCAAGAAAGGUUUGAAGCGCACCUCUGUGUUUGCGAGACUUGGGGCUGAAUCAAAGGCAGAUACGACAACGAGUAAUAACAAGCCCACUGGUGUGUUCAGCCGUCUAGACAAAGCAGGUGAAGACGGGCUGAGGCCAGGAAAGAUAGCUGGAAACAUGCAUGUAGACGACGAGGACGACAGUGACGGAGAAGGCUCUGUCCUCCAGUAUGCUGGCGUCCUCAAGAGACCUCCUCCCUCCCAGAAGAAAGAGCCCGCCGCAAAACCAGCCCCGACCACCCUGCGGCGCCUGGGAGGCAAAUUCAAACUACCUCCCUCUGAUGCUCCCACCUCCUCCUCCACCUCUUCCUCUAACGGUCUCCCCCCUGCCAAAAUUAGUGUGCUUCAGAGACUGGGCAAGCUCCCUGCCACACACCAGAGCACAACCGGUUCUCCUCCACCUGCAGACACACAGGACAACAGAGUGACCAGCACCCGACCCAAAGCUCAGGAGAAACUCACCAUCGCAAGCUCCAAGGUGACCAGCAGUACCGGGGCCGGCGGAGCAGGAACAGGAGCAGGAGGAGGAGGAGGUGGGGACAGUCUGGGUGCCCAGAUGGACGUUCAGGCCAUCAGUGUUUUUAAGCGACUGGGCAGCAAGAACACCUAACACACAUCCAAAAAAAUGUAUCCAGACUCUUUCUAUACGUUCUUUACAAAAAUUUGUAUCACCAUUUUUUGCAGUUAUCCCGACCACACACAGGACUGCAGGUUGUUAUUAACUGGAGUUUUUUUUUUUUUGUUCAGCCUUUGGACGAUUUUGAUGCUGCACUGUGGCUUUAGAGUUAUUAUUAGAUAAAAUAGAUGGGUUUUUUACACGUUAGUUAUGCUGCCAUUUAAAAUCACCUCAGUUUAUCUCAAAGCUUUUAAUUUGAGCAUUCUUUUAAUCCCCUGUGUAUAUUUUGUUACCAAACCAGAAAGCUUGUUAUCAUAUCUGCCAUUUUAUCAUUUUUUAGAAAUAUAUAUUUAAGUGCGUGACUUUAAGGCAUGAGCAUGACGUCAACCAAACUGCCACUAUGGUGGUUUUUAAAUUUCUCCUGUAACUUCACACAUAAGGAUGCUGCUGCCCAAACUUCCCUUUUCUGAGAUUCCCCCUGAAUGAACACACAAGUAGUUGAAAAUGUUGCUAAGAUUAAUUAUUUGGACUUUGUGUUGAUUCUUGCCUGAAAGUUAAGUUAAAGUAAAAGGUACAGGUUGAUGUUUUUUUUCCACACACCUCAGGCUAAUUUUAUUGUUCAAGGUUAAUAACCUGGACAUCAUUUGGACGUAGAACAAGCCAUGGGGUGGUGGUUAAAUCAACUUCUUGUUACCUUUAAAAUGACCUCUUAUAUCACGUUGUGAGAGUAGAAAAUGUGUAAAAGUGUUGAUGAAAGGCUUCUAAAUAUCAACCCUGGACUUGUGCGCAAAAAGUGACAUUAAAAUGGUUCUUCUGCACUUGUGGAUUAGCAGGUCACACCUCUGGAUGCACAAGUCCGCUUUUCUAUCGUAGUACUGAACAUUUUCUAUCAACACCUACUUGAAGGCUGCAUCAGUAGAAUAUUGUUUAUUUUAAAAUGCAAUAUAUAGAUUUGGUAGACUUGAUUUCUCACAGCACAGAAUCUGUUCUGCUGCAUAUUUUUCUAAACUGUGCAUAUUCUUGCAUCAUGUUCCAAUGUAAAGAAACUGAUGAGAGAUGCCACCAGGCUGGGUGUCAGGGGGCCACAGACCAGGUCCAGUGGGUAGUUCACACUACCCAGUAUGGGUCAUUAACACGUGUAAUAUUUUGGUUUUUCAGACUUCACACCAGAACUUUGUUACAAACUGUAAAUAUUUGACAAGUUUGUCAUCACAUUAAAGACUUGUUAUUGUUUUAAAGGAACAAAGUAAAGCAUACCAUGAACUGUCAUAAUUUUUAAGAAAAUAUUGAACUUUCUGAAGUAUGCUUGGCAAAAAUGAUUAAAAGAGAAGGGUCCA